AUGAAUUUUGAAUUGGCCGAUUUGCUGGAAGAUGAUGUGGAGGUCCUUGAAUUGAUUGAAGUUGGUGUCCCCAGUCAGGUUUACGAUAGGAAUGAGUACUUUUUUAGUUUCGAUGAAUUGGCCUUCUACAAAAGAUUUCGUUUGACUAAAAAGAGGGCUUUCCAUGUAUUAGAACAAAUCGAGAAGGAUCUAGGACGACCUUAUAACAGAAAUAAUUCAAUUCCACCCAUAAACCAGCUAUUGGUAGCUCUACGAUUCUUUGCUAUAGGCAAUCAUCUUUUAAGUAUUGCUGAUUUUGGAGGGAUGCAUGUUUCAACUGUUUCAAGAAUAGUUUCAAGAGUUGCCACAGGAAUUGCAAAGCUGUAUAGGAAAUAUAUUAAAAUUCCAUCUACAUCAUCAGAAGUUUCACAGUAUAUGCAGUAUAACUUUACCGCAGGUGAUUCCGCUUACCCACAAAAACCAUAUUUGAUGACACCAUUGCUCAGUCCCCGUGACACGGCAGAACAACUUUAUAAUGAGUCUCAAAUACGAACAAGAGGUCCUAUAGAAAAAUCCUUUGGAAUAUUGAAAAGACGGUUUCCUGUACUGGCAUACGGCUGUCGUCUACAAUUAAAGACGACAUUGAUAAUUAUUGUGGCAACAUGUGUUUUGCACAACAUACUUCGAUACAAUGGUGUGUCAUUAGAACCUCCUGAAAGCGUAGAUUUUGACCCAGAAGACAUUCAAAACGCAAUUAAUUCAGGAGAGAUCUCAUGCACUAAUAUUUCGCAGAAUGGAAACGAUAACCAAACUUCAUCGAACUGCGGGAUGCAAAAACGCAAAGACCUGAUAAACAACUAUUUCAGAAGGUUGUAA